AUGAAGGCAGAGAUGAAGCUACGCCAGCUGCAGGCCAUCCUUGGCAUCGUUCAGCAAAUUGCACGGGUCGCCGGUACCAGUGACAGAUAUGAAAGCGACUUCGAUACACUUGUCACUCAGAUAACGCAGGCGGGCAAACGUGCUUGCUCAAGCGUUUCUUUCUCUCUCUCGAAACUUGUGCCGAAUUCGUCGUCGAAGGAGUGCUCUCAGGUCUGCACGGACGAACUGAACUUGUAUGUGUAUGCAUAUGCGGGAGAUAUUUGCAACCUUGGUGCAGAUGCUUGCAUUUGCAUGUUUGUAAAGGACAAUCCCACAGAGCCAUUGCCUGCGCCUGACGACAAAGGCAAAGGUAAAGCCGUUCAGGAUAUGGGACCAUGUCCCAUUCCCGUUUUCGGACAGUUUGGUGGUUGGGAUGCUGCUGUUCAUUCUUUCGUUCCUGGUGGCACAAGCUCUGAAACACCACGACUUUAUAGGCCGCUUCAUCACUUGAUCAGCUCAAUCGCCAACCAAUAUCCCUCAAAGAAUCACCAGGAAGCUGGAAGCAGUACGGCACGAAAGAUCCAUUUCCCUGGAGGUACUUCUUCACAAGCACUGCCGAAGAUUGAUGUGCCGCCAAAACCUGGACAGAUCGUUUGGGUAAGCACAUGCCUUUGCAGUCUUAUGGUUGAGUACCAGCAUUAUCGUGUGGAGUCGUCAAGUGCGUUCAGAUUUUCUGCCUCAAGCAACCCGGCGGCUGAGCAAUGUGCUUUACCUGAGGCAGCAAAGAGGCACGCUGUGGCGGGCUGGCAGCUCGAUGGCCAAAGGACGUCUCGUACACCACCAUUCGACUGUCUGCAACCACCUAAAUUGGCAAGACGUGGCGAUACAUUCUGUGACAAUGUGCUCACGGCACCUCAAUGCCGUCGUGUGCACACACUACCACUCACUCUUUUUACUGCGCAACCGGAACCUGUUGGCAUUGCUCAAGUGGAACAGUAUCAUGAGCAUGUUGCCCUGAACGACGUGCCCCUAAACAGCGAAGAAGGGAACAGUGGUUAUUCUGCUUCCGGUACUUCAGGGUCACGUUUUGAACUUCCAGAUGAUGUUGUCGAACCGUCUGAUGUGGAAUCCGAUGAUGAGGUGAUUGACGUUGGUGAUUACGCGGACGGUGAGCAUGGUUCCGAAGAUUCUCAGGUGUUGGAUUACGGCGGAAGUGGAGUUGGGUAUCUGGCAGAUGAUUCUGACGGAUCUGAUGCAGACUCUUCGGAUGACGAGGAGGAGCAUGCUGAGCUUGGAGCACAAGAUGAGGCAAACCAUGUUGAGCCUGGGCAUGCACUUCAAAAUGAAGCAGACCUAAUGGACGACGACGAUGUCGAGCUUGAGAAUGAGAUUCAGGGCGACAUUGACUGGUUGGCGGAAAACAACUUCGAGGACGAGGGGUUUGACUCAAAUGGUGAAGAGCACGACGCAGAGCAGGAUCAUGCUACAGACGAUGAUCAUGUGGCUCAAUCAGACGUCUCGUCUCAUGCCAGCCCUUGA